CAGCCCGAACCAAAGCGCGGGCCAGGCGAGGGGGAGCCGGCGCCAAGCCGCGCGCCCCGCACCGAAGCCGGCUCGUCGCCAUCCUCUUCCUCCUCCUCCUCCUCCCCUCUCCGGCGGCUCGGCGCGCUCCUCGCCAGGCCAGCGGAGCUUGCAAGCGGCGGCGGGCGAAGGAGCUGGGCUGAAUCGGCUGGCCGGGGCGCGCUCUCUCUCCCCUGCGCGCCCCCCGCCCCCCGCGCGCCAUUCCCCCUCCGGGGAGGAGAGCGGAUGGGCACUCCCAGCAAGAAGGAGCCGGGCAUGUCAGUGGCUGCGGCGGCGGCUGCUGCUGGGCGAGGGGGAGCAGCAAGGAGGCAUGUAGCCGCCGCCGCCGAGGGGGGAAGCGGCAGGAGCAGCUAGCCGGCCGCGGCCAUCGCGGGCCUCCUCCUCGCCGGGGCCCCUCUUGCAGCAGGGGCGCCCCGCCGCAGCAGCCCGCACGGACUUGAGCCGGCGUCCCCGCUCCGCCGCCCGCGCGCACUUGGAGCCAACUUGCCCGGGCUGGGGAGCUGCUGGUGCUGCUUCUGCUCCUCCUGCUCCUCUUCUCCUUCCUGGGCGAUGUUUGUUUGGGCAGCCGCGUGAGCAUCAGGAGGAGGAGGAGGAGGAGGAAGGGCGGCCCCAGCAGCGGCGGCGGCAGAAGUUUGGCGGGGAGGGCGGUGCGCUCUCGCCCCCUCCCCCGCCCGGGUCUCCUCCCCUCCGCCGGCCAGGAGCAGCCGCCGGUCCCUGGACUUUCACCCGGAGCGAGCUGGGAGAGCCGCGCUCCUCCCGCCGCCGCCGCCGCCGCCUCCGGGGACGGGAAGGAAACAAGAUGUCUGCCCGAGCCGCCGCCGCCGCUGCUUCCACCAAGAGCACAACCAUGGAAGAAACAGCGAUAUGGGAACAACAUACGGUGACGCUUCACAGGGCUCCUGGAUUUGGGUUUGGCAUUGCAAUAUCUGGAGGAAGAGAUAAUCCUCACUUCCAGAGCGGUGAAACAUCAAUAGUUAUAUCAGAUGUGCUCAAAGGAGGCCCAGCAGAAGGGCUGUUACAGGAGAAUGACCGUGUUGCAAUGGUCAAUGGAGUUUCAAUGGAUAAUGUGGAACAUGCUUUUGCCGUCCAGCAGCUGAGGAAAAGUGGGAAAAAUGCCAAAAUCACCAUCCGAAGGAUGAAAAAAAUUCAGAUCCCUGUAACUCGGACAGAUCCAGACCCAGUGUCUGAAAAUGAUGAGGACAGUUGUGAUGAGGAGAUGAAUGAGCCAAGAAGUUCCCGCGGUGCUGCCAGUGCGAGCAGAAGGCACGAGAAGAGUUGGGUGAGGGACCGAAGUGCAAGCAGGGAGAGGAGUCUAUCGCCGAGAUCAGAUAGGAGAUCGGUGGCUUCCAGUCAGCCUGCAAAACCCACUAAAGUCACACUGGUGAAAUCCAGGAAGAAUGAAGAAUAUGGUUUGCGCCUGGCCAGCCACAUAUUUGUGAAAGAAAUCUCUCAAGAUAGUCUGGCAGCAAGAGAUGGCAAUAUUCAGGAAGGUGAUGUUGUACUGAAGAUAAAUGGCACAGUCACAGAAAAUAUGUCCUUGACAGAUGCCAAGACCCUAAUAGAGAGGUCAAAGGGCAAGUUGAAAAUGGUGGUUCAAAGAGAUGAACGAGCAACGUUGCUGAAUGUCCCAGAUCUUUCUGAUAGCAUUCACUCGGCCAAUGCUUCAGAAAGAGAUGACAUUUCAGAAAUUCAGUCGUUGGCAUCCGAUCAUUCCAACCGAUCCCAUGACAGGCCCCGCCGCAGUCGUUCACGAUCUCCUGACCAGAGGUCAGAGCCUUCAGACCAUUCCAGACAUUCUCCACAGCAGCCCAGCAAUGGCAGUCUCCGGAGUAGAGAUGAUGAGCGAAUAGCAAAGCCAGGAGCAGUCUCCACGCCAGUGAAGAACUCAGAGGAACCCCCCCUUUCUAAAUCUGUGGAAGAAUCUGUCGUGGAGAGGAACAAUAAACAAACUCCUCCACUUCCUGAACCAAAGCCAGUCUACGCUCAGGCAGGACAGCCAGAUGUGGAUUUACCCGUGAGUCCAUCUGAUGGCCCCUUACCAAACUCAACACAUGAAGAUGGAAUGCUUCGGCCCAGCAUGAAGCUCGUAAAAUUCAAAAAAGGUGAUAGUGUGGGCUUGCGGCUAGCAGGUGGCAAUGAUGUUGGAAUAUUCGUAGCUGGUGUUCUAGAGGAUAGCCCUGCUGCUAAAGAAGGCUUGGAAGAAGGAGAUCAGAUUCUCAGGGUAAAUAAUGUAGACUUCACAAAUAUCAUCAGAGAGGAAGCAGUGCUCUUCUUACUUGAUCUUCCUAAAGGGGAAGAGGUAACCAUUUUGGCACAGAAGAAAAAAGAUGUGUAUCGGCGCAUCGUUGAGUCAGACGUAGGAGACUCUUUCUAUAUUAGAACUCAUUUUGAAUAUGAGAAGGAGUCUCCCUACGGCCUUAGCUUCAACAAAGGAGAGGUGUUUCGGGUGGUAGAUACACUGUACAAUGGGAAGCUUGGAUCUUGGUUGGCUAUUCGGAUCGGCAAGAAUCACAAAGAAGUAGAAAGAGGCAUUAUACCCAACAAAAACAGAGCUGAACAACUGGCUAGCGUACAGUACACACUUCCAAAGACAGCAGGAGGGGACCGUGCAGAUUUCUGGAGGUUUCGAGGCCUGCGCAGCUCAAAGAGAAAUCUCCGGAAAAGCAGAGAGGAUCUUUCUGCCCAGCCAGUUCAGACCAAGUUUCCUGCAUAUGAGAGAGUCGUUCUUCGAGAAGCUGGAUUUCUCAGGCCUGUCACAAUCUUUGGACCAAUUGCAGAUGUUGCUCGAGAGAAGCUGGCAAGAGAAGAACCAGAUAUUUAUCAGAUUGCAAAAAGUGAACCAAGGGAUGCUGGUACAGACCAACGCAGCUCUGGCAUUAUUCGUCUUCAUACAAUAAAACAAAUAAUUGACAGGGACAAACAUGCGUUAUUAGAUGUCACUCCAAAUGCAGUGGACCGACUGAAUUAUGCACAGUGGUAUCCCAUCGUGGUGUUCCUGAACCCAGAUUCUAAGCAGGGUGUGAAGACCAUGAGAAUGAGGCUGUGUCCAGAAUCCCGAAAAAGUGCCAGGAAACUAUAUGAAAGGGCCCACAAGCUACGAAAAAACAAUCACCACCUCUUCACAGCUACUAUUAACUUGAAUUCGAUGAAUGACGGCUGGUAUGGCGCACUCAAGGAAGCAGUGCAGCAGCAGCAGAAUCAGCUGGUGUGGGUUUCGGAAGGAAAGGCAGAUGGCGCGACUAGUGACGACCUUGACCUACACGAUGAUCGCCUGUCCUACCUAUCGGCUCCAGGUAGUGAGUACUCCAUGUACAGUACUGACAGUAGACAUACCUCUGACUAUGAGGACACGGAUACGGAAGGCGGGGCCUACACCGAUCAAGAGCUGGAUGAGACUCUCAACGAUGAAGUUGGGACCCCUCCGGAGUCGGCCAUUACACGGUCCUCUGAACCUGUCAGAGAGGACUCAUCAGGGAUGCAUCAGGAGACGCAAACAUAUCCACCAUAUGCCCCACAAGCUCAGCCACAGCCAAAUCACAGGACAGAGUCCCCUGUGUUCAAAACUAGUACUGCGCAGCCGAAAGCAGAAUCCCCCUACCUUUCCCCGUCGCCAGAAACAAACCCUCCAGCCUCCUCAACUGCUGCUGUUAAUCCCAGUGUCAGCCUCACUAAUGUCCGACUGGAGGAGCCGGGCGUGGCUCCUUUCAACUCUUACCAACCACAAGCUGCCCCCUUAAGAACGCCUGGCACUGAGGCACCUCAUAUAAUGCUCAGAGAUCAAGAGCCGCCAUCCUUGUCACCGCAUAUAGAUCCAGCCAAGAUGUAUAGGAAGGAUGCCUACCUCAAUGAGGAGCCACCACGGCAGAACUAUGUCUUGAAACAGCCAGCACAGAGGCAGGAGAAGGAAUCCAAUCUGGCAUAUGAACCACAAGCCCCAUACACAGAGAAACAACCUAGUAGAGAUUAUGAGCAGCUGGCCUAUCGGUAUGACUCCUCCAACUACGUGGACCAGUUUUCUCGUGGCUAUGACCCCCGUCUCCACUACGAGGAGCGAGUCCCUCCAUACGAUGAUCACUGGGCAUACUACGACGAAAAGCAGCCCUACCAGCCUCGGCCACCCUUUGAUAACCAAGCUCCUAGAGACUUUGAUCCCCGGCAGAAUGCAGACGAGAGCACAGAACGGAGCUGCUAUUUCCCAGCACAACCUCGCUUCGAAGAGCCACCCCCUGUGGCGUACGAUAGUAGGCCUCGUUACGAGCAUGCAUCUAAAAACUUCAACCUCCCGCCACUAAGGUAUGAAGAGCAGCCCGCUGCUGGGUAUGAAGUUCAUGGGCGGUACAAAACAGAGACUCAGGCCUACUCCUCCACAGUGCCCAGAUCUCCUGAACCCAAGCAUUACUUUGAGUCCCAACCCAGAGGCUAUGAACAAGGUCCCCCACAAGGGUUCAGUGCUAAAACAGGACAGUAUGAACCUCCUCUCAGCACUGCAGGGGUACAUCCUUCCCUUCCCUUGCAAAGCAAACAAGAAGUUCUGCCUUCUAACAGUAAACCACUGCCUACACAACCAGCGGAGGAAGAAGACGACCCAGCCAUGAAGCCGCAGUCAGUGCUCAACAGGGUUAAAAUGUUUGAAAACAAAAGGUCUUCAUCAUUGGAAAAAAUAAAGGAUUCUAAUGAAGUUCCAGUCCUCAAGCAGCCUCCGGAGCUGGCCCCUAAACCUACCAUCACCCCAGUGAGUGGUCCUAAACCAGUCUCUCAAAAUCAAUAUGAACAUGACAAACCAGCUUACAGGGCCCCAGAACCGCAGAGACCUCAAGCGAAGCCCCCUGAGGACAUAGUCCGGGCAAACCACUAUGAUCCGGAUGAGGAUGAGGAGUACUAUCGGAAGCAGCUCUCCUAUUUCGAUCGUCGAAGUUACGAAAACAAGCCUGCCACACAGGUCCCUGCCAGCCAUCUCCCUGAGCCUGCUAAGCCAGUCCAUCUCCAUAACCAGCUGAACUACGCAAACUACUCCAAAUUUCUUGGCGCUUACAUUAGCUAUGACUACUUGAAAAGGAGCAUCAAGUGGGGGAAGUCAAUAGAUAUGGAGCCUAUGGAGAGAGCGGUUGGUGAAAAGCGUUAUGAGCCAGUCCCACAAGUCACUCCCCCUCCCCCUGCGCCUCCAGUGCAGUACACCCAGCCUCAGUCGGUUAACAACCCCGUCGUCUCUCUUCAGCCCAAGCCUGCGCUUCCUGAAGUCAACUCUGUCUCAGAUUUCCAGAACUCGGCACUGUCCAAGCCUGAGCCACCCCCAUCUCAAAACAAACCACCAGCUUUCAGAUCUUCCAGCCGAGAAGACACUGUGCAGUCCACUUACUACCCUCAGAAAAGCUUCCCAGAUAAAGGGCCGGUGAACGGGACGGAACAGAUUCCGAAAACUAUCACCCCUGCUUACAAUCGCUUCACGACAAAACCUUACACAAGCGCUGCCCGGCCAUUUGAACGCAAGUUUGAAAGCCCCAAAUUCAACCACAACCUCCUGCCAGAUGAGAAUCAGCAUAAGCCAGAAUUGCCAUCCAAAUCUCAGAAUUCACCCCAACCCGUUUUAAAAGCACAUGGUUCGUCUCAGCCUCCGUCUGAGUUUGACAGCGCAGUGGAUACUUUCUCUGUACAGGCAGAUAAGCUCAAGUAUCAACCAAAUAACAUCAAUGCUGUGCCUAAAGCCAUUCCUGUAAGUCCUUCUGCUCUGGAAGAUGAUGAUGAAGAGGACGGCCACACAGUAGUAGCCACAGCAAGAGGCGUUUUUAACAGCAAUGGUGGUGUUCUAAGCUCUAUAGAGACUGGAGUUAGCAUAAUAAUACCACAAGGAGCCAUUCCAGAGGGUAUCGAGCAAGAAAUCUAUUUCAAGGUCUGCCGAGACAAUAGUAUCCUCCCACCUUUAGACAAAGAGAAAGGUGAAACACUGCUCAGCCCCUUGGUAAUGUGUGGGCCCCAUGGGCUAAAAUUCCUGAAGCCAGUGGAGCUGCGCUUACCACAUUGUGCGUCUAUGACCCCUGAUGGUUGGUCUUUUGCUCUAAAAUCCUCCGACUCCUCGUCGGGUGACCCCAAAACCUGGCAGAACAAGUCUCUUCCUGGAGAUCCAAACUAUCUUGUUGGAGCAAACUGUGUCUCAGUUCUAAUAGAUCACUUCUAACCCUUAAUGUUAGCAGACUGACUUAAGUGUGAAACCAGGAUAAAAAACUUGCCUAGAAACUGAACCCCUCUUUUCAAGUAUUAACAGUUCGCUUAGUGUUAAGCAGUGACUAACAAUGGAGUACAUUCUUGAACCAUGGUCAGGGUACAUGCCAUUAAGCAUCAGGGCAGAUAACCCCAGAACCAAGGCAAGGUUCUUAAGGGGUCCUCCUGGCUUUCCUUAAACCGGACACUGCUGAUGCAUCGUAGCUUAAAACUCUUACACUACCACUGAAGCAAUGCAGUCUCCCCCCUGAAGAACAGACAUUUUCUUUCAUGAUCCACUCAUGAAUCUGACUUUUUUCUUACUAAAGCCCCCCCCCCUUUUUUAAGAAUAAAAAAAAUACCACGUUUGUGUGUAUUCAGAAUAUGCAAAGUCUAUUAUGGUCCCACUCUUUUUGUUUGUUCUUCUAAACAACUGGCAAGCCCUUGAUGCAUUUUGCCUAUGAUAUGGAAAUAAACACUUUUUGGCUAGCACAAUGUAGAAGUUUCCCCCCUUCCUCUACUGAGAAGAGGGAGUUACAUGCAUGCCUACUUGAAUCAUACAUGAAGAACAUUUUUUGUUUGUUUCUUCCUUUUGGUCACGGGAAAGAGAGAGAACAGUGCGCGCAUGUGGUGUGACUAUGGUUCAUUUGCCUCUAUGGAUCUGUAAAUUAACCACACUUACGACAGACAUAUUAACCAGCAGGGAUGCCUUACCCUCCUGUUUUUACUCGUCUUAGCUGUCAUCGUAGUUCUCCGUACUACUAAGUUUGUAUGGCUUCUGUGCUUACUUAGAUAAAUACAUCUUGAGACAGUCUGAGGAGCUGAUUCAUUUUGUGAACUUGCUGGUCUAGAGAGAGGGAGGGGGACAAAUCCCAUUGUUUUUGUGCCGACUGAGAGGAGGACCCGAAGAACAUGAUGGUAUGUUUUCUGCUAUGCAUUUUGAAAAUUUAUAGAUGUUCUAGGCUGCUUGUAUAUAACUCGUGCAUACCACUUUUGUUCUUGGUUUGUAAAUUAACUUUUAUAAGCUUUACCUUUUUAUAUAUAUAAAUAUAUAUAAAAAUACAAAACAAAGUUUCUUAAUAUCUUUGUAUUCUCAUACCUUUUGAGCCUUGAACUUUGACAUCUUGCAGCAAUAAAGCAGCAUUUCUACACUACAUGAAAACAAGGACUUUUUUAAAAAAAAGAAAAGAAAAUGCACAAAGUUGUUACCUUUUUAAGUGCUGCAUUUAAAGACUAACUCGGAAUUCUCUAGUUUGAUUACAUUCUUGGAAAAAAAGUAUCCCUACUGUAAUUUGUGAUAAGGAUGCUAUGUGCCCUGAAAUGUAUUUUUGUACUAAUAGACAAUUUUAUUAUGGCACAUCAGCACUAUUUCUGGUUAGAUAAUAUACCACUGCAUUCUGUUAAUCGGUUAUUUAGCUAUUCGGGUGUGGCUGAUUUUUUUUUCUUUGCCGUUAUUAAAAAUUACACAUUUCUAAAUAUAUGGAAUAAAAACUGUUUUUAAAAUAGAAGAA